UUACUACACUACUGCUACUAUAUUACUACUACUACUACUAUUACUACUACUACUACUGCUAUUAUUACUAUACUAUUACUAUACUACUACACAUACUAUCACUACCAUCCCCCACUAUCGUCCAAUUUUUAUCCCCUCGAUUUGGUAAUGCCAGUAACAAGAUGGUCGCGGCAUGAUUUUUCCAUAGCUCGUGCCUCGAGUUGCAUUAAGGUUAUGUCAUUGAUAACUUUCUUUUAUAUUGCAUAGUUUAUUGUUAAUCAUGUCCGACAAAGUGCAAGAAGAAAAAAAAGUAAAGAAGACGGAAGUAUUAAAAUGGUCAAAAGAUGAUAUUUUGCGUUUUUUGGCAGUGUACAAAAAGUAUGAGGAAUUGUGGAAUACUUCGAAUGAAAAUUUUAUGCGCAAAAACGUACGCGAACACAAUUUCACAAGGUUAUAUCGGGAACUUAUUGGGAUGGGUUUUAAUAUUCGUACGGAAGAACAAAUGAAGAGAAAAAUUAAGAAUUUGAAGGAUGCAUUUAGAAAUGAAGUGAACAAAGUUAAGAAGUCUAAAAAAAAUAUAUAUAUAUAUUUCUUAAUAACUGUAAAUUACAAGACAAAAAAUUUUAUUUCAUUUUAAAUGACAUUUGAAUAGAUUAUUAUUCUUCUAUGUUGUUACGAACCUUACAAGAAAGAAAAAAAAAAAACAGGUCAAUCAAUGACAACAGAGAAUUUAAUAGAAAAGGAUGACAAUGACUUUAUCGACAAGAAUGAAGACAAAAACAAUCCCAGUGAAGAAAAUGAUCAAACUUCUGAAUUACAGAAUGAUACUUUGCAUGCUGCUUCAGUAAUAUCACAAGAGAAAGUAAUUAUCAAGAGGAAGCAUUCGCCUAUGAUGGCUAAGGAAACUUUGAAGAAUAGUUUGACGAAUAAAGUUAAAAAAAAUUCUUUGAGUUUUCAAAAUGCCGUUUCACAACUUCAUGAAAUUACUCAAAUGACAACGGAAAUCAAUGACGAAUAUGAAUGCUUUGCGAAAUACAUUACGUCUCAAUUUAAACAGCUACCAUUGAGAAGUUUUGUUGUAUUACAAGAAAAAAUACAAAGUCUUAUUACUCAGGAAAGAUUGGCCAGUAUAGGACAAUUGGCUUCGUAUCCAUCCUCAUCUUUAUCUUCAUAUAUUUAUUCUAUUAAUUCGAAUGUCGAUCGGCCAAAUAAAAACAUUGAUAAAGAUAAUUAUGAAGAUGAUUUAGAAAAAUUUAUGAAAAUAAAUAGAUUAAUGCCGGAUAAAGAGUUCUGUGUUAUUGAUAAUCGAUCAACUAUACGAUCUGGAACAGUACAAUGUGAAAAAGAUGAAGAAGAUCCUUUUGACUUGGAUAAGUUUUUAGAACAAACAAAACAUAUUGAUAAUUCAACAAAUCUAACGAAACAAUUUAAGGAUGAACGAGAUCAUCAACGUCGUGGGAAUCGUAACAAACGAAGAAAAUAUUAAUC